UGGGCGGCGCGGCUUGCAUCCCAUCCGAUGCAAGGCAUCGAAUCGCGCCAACCGUCCGCGUGACGGCUGCUCCUUUGUUCCCUCUCCACUCCUCUGCUUUCCCCUGCUCCGCCGCUCGCCUCCUCCUUUCUAUAUCCGCUCCAGAAUCCGCUCCCGAGCCUUCCCGAGUAGUACUCAUAUGCAGCCGUGAGAUCAGAUCGACCGACCGAAGAAGAAGAAGGAGAAGCGAGGGGAGAUCAGCCAGCGGGCGGAGGAUGGCGGACUGGGCACCGGUGGUGGUGGGGGUGGUGCUCUUCAUCCUGCUCUCGCCGGGGCUGCUGUUGGAGAUGCCGGGGUCGCACCGCCACGUCGACUUCGGCGGCCUCCACACCAACGGCAAGGCCAUCUUCGUCCACACCAUCCUCUUCUUCGCCGCCUUCACCAUCCUCACCCUCGCCCUCCACAUCCACAUCUACGCCGGCUAGAUACCCAUAGCCCACAGAUUCAUAGAUGCGCCAUGUAAUCUGCUACUAGUACUAGCUAGCUCUUGCUCAGUCAAUCGAUCCCCUCCAUGUAAUCCGCUUGUAAUCCCUGCUUGCUUGCCAGAUCUCUCUGUACUGCCAUCGGUUCAAGAAGAAGCGUAUUGAACUAUU